AUGUUUGUAUAUUUGAGUAAAAAAAUAGCAAUUCCAAACAAUUUUCGACUGAAUUGUAUAGCAUGGAAUCAAAGAGAUGGUUAUAUAGCUGUUGGUGGAGAAGAUGGUUUAUUGAAAGUACUCAGAGUAGAUUCUAAUAUUAGUGGUUCUACUAGUAGUGGAAAAUGUAGAAACUUAACAGCUGCCAGUAAUUUAAGUAUGAACCAGACUUUGGAGGGUCAUAAUGGUCAUGUACAAGUAGUUACAUGGAAUGAACAACAUCAAAAAUUGACCUCAAGCGACCAAAAUGGUGUAAUCAUAGUUUGGAUGUUGUAUAAGGGUUCUUGGUAUGAUGAAAUGAUAAACAAUUGCAAUAAAUCAAUAGUUAAAGGGAUGGCAUGGAGUCUAGAUGGAUUAAAAAUUUGCAUAGUCUAUGAAGAUGGAGCAGUAAUUGUAGGUUCAGUCGAUGGCAAUAGAAUUUGGGGAAAAGAAUUAAAAAAUAUAGCUCUUGCUGCAGUACAAUGGUCUCCAGAUGGAAAAUUAUUAUUAUUUGGCAUAAAAAAUGGAGAAGUUCACCUCUUUGACAACCAGGGUGUAUUUUUAACAAAGUUGAACAUGAUACCACUUAAUGGUGGUCAAAUUCAAACAAUAGUUUCAUUGCAAUGGUAUGAUGGAAGAAAUGGUUAUGUCGGUUUAGAGUGUCCUACUUUAGCUGUUUGUUAUAGAAAUGGUAAAAUACAACUCAUGAAAGAUACAAAUGAUGAUAAUCCAAUUGUAGUAGAAACUGGAAUGACAGCAUCAUGGUGUUGUUGGAAUAGUUAUGGGUCUAUAUUAGCUAUAACUGGAAUGAUAUCAUUAUUGGGCAAUGGAGAAACAAAAGAUACUAAUGUUAUUCAAUUCUAUACACCAUUUGGUAAACAUAUGAGGACCUUAAAAAUACCUGGCAGAGAGGUUACAUGUUGUGCAUGGGAAGGAGGUUCUCUCAGAGUUGCUCUAUCAGUUGAUUCUCAUAUUUAUUUUGCAAAUAUACGCUUAGAUUAUAAGUGGACUUACUUUAGUAAUACAGUUGUGUAUACGAACGAAAAGAUCACCAAAGAUGGCAUUUGUAUCAUGUUUUGGAAUACAACAAAUAAUACAUAUUGUACUAAGAACGUGAGAGCAUUAAUCUCCAUAGCGUCACACGGAGAUCAUUGUGUUUUGGCGAUAAAAAAUGAACUUACUCGAGGAUCAGAGCAAUUUGCGCUCUUAGUGUGCAAUACAAUUGCUACUCCAAUAGAUACAAAGUUUAUAGAUUUGGAGCCAUUAUGGGUAACCAUGACUAAUAGUGUGAUUGUUACAGCAUCCAAGAACAAUUUUUUAGUUUGGAGCUAUCGCACUCCUCGUAAUUCCAUGUUGCACACAGGACGGGUUAAAAGAGACAAGAUUUACCAUAUCGAUGAAACUCCAACCGGAGUGACGGAAGUUAUUCAAGAUUUAGAUAAAGACAGAUCCUUUGAAACACCUAUUAAUACUAAAAUUACUAUGGACCCAAUUUGUUGUUUAUGUGCGACUGACAAGAUUCUGUUGAUAGGCAGAGAAUCAGGAAUGAUACAAAGAUAUUCUUUAUCUCAGAUAACUCUUACAAAUAGGUACAAUACAGCUUGUAAGCUUUACAAGAUUGCAAUUAACUGUGAUUCAUCUCGAGUAUCCAUUAUGGAUUCGACUGGUGUUUUAACUAUGUUAGAUUUAGAAACUGAUCCUAAGAAAAAUAUUUUAAAGGAUGGAGAGCAAGAGGAUGAGAUUAGUAAAUUUGAAAGGAAAGAUGUGUGGGCUAUGUGCUGGGCACAAGAUAAUCCUGCACUAUUAGCAAUCAUAGAAAAAACUAGAAUGUAUGUUUUAAGAGAAUUCGAUCCUGAAGAACCAAUAUCUUGUUCUGGAUAUAUCUGUUCAUUUCUAGAUUUAGAAAUACGUUGUGUUUUAUUAGAUGAUCUCAUGCAGAAACCAGAAGAUACAAAAAAUGAAUUAAUAGUAGAUUUAGAAGUAAAAUCCUUAAGAGACACUAGAGAAUUGUUGAUGAAGGUAGGAUUGAAAGAAGCUAAUAAUUUUAUUCAGGAUAAUCCACAUCCUCGAUUAUGGCGUUUAUUGGCAGAGUCAGCUUUACAGAAAUUGGAUUUGGAGACUGCAGAAAAUGCAAUGGUUCGUUGUACAGACUAUUUAGGUAUACAAUUCAUCAAACGUUUGCAAAACGUACAUAACGAUCAGUUGAAGAAAGCCGAGGUAGCUGCAUUUCUUGGCAAAUAUGACGAAGCAGAAAAAUUAUAUUUAGACAUGGAUAGAAGGGAUCUUGCUAUUUCAUUACGCCAAAAAUUGGGAGAUUAUUUUCGAGUGGUACAACUAAUGAAAAUGGGUAUCGGUGGAUCUGAUAAGCAAAUGGAGUUUGCAUACAAUAAAAUUGGCGAAUAUUAUGCAGAAAGACAAAAUUGGGAAGGUGCAAAAGAGUACUAUGAAAAGAGUAGGAAUUUGGAGAAGCUCAUAGAAUGCUAUUAUAAAUUAGAGGACUUUGUUCAGUUAGCAGGGACAGUACAACAGUUACCAGAUAAAAGUCCUCUUUUGAAAAAGGUAGCAAGAAUGUUGGGUUCUGUAGGCAUGUGUUCUCAGGCUGUGGCAGCGUAUAUAAAAUACGGCGAUGUGAAAUUAGCCGUAGAUACGUGUGUUCGUUUGAAUCAUUGGGACCAGGCUGUUGAACUAGCAAAAACUUAUAAAAUGGCUCAGAUAGGUGAAUUAUUGAACAAAUACGCCAAUCAUCUUUUGCUUAAUGGAAAGAGACUGCAAGCAAUAGAAUUAUAUAAGAAGGCAAAUUACAACUUAGAGGCGGCGAAAUUGCUAUUUCAAUUGGCAGAGGAGGAAGCAAAGACCAGAACGAAUCCAUUACGUGUGAAAAAGAUUUAUGUUCUAGCAGCACUACUAAUCGAGGACCACAUCAACAGCGCUCCAGCUACUAAAGGUGGUCGUAGCAACGUUGUGAUGGGAUUAACAGAGAAUAACGAAGAUACUAAAGUAAUAGAGAAUGCUUGGAAAGGUGCAGAAGCUUAUCAUUUUCUUUUAUUAGCAAAUAGACAAAUACAUUCAGGAAAUUUCGAUGCAGCUAUGAAAACAGCACUAAGAUUAAGAGAAUACGAGGAGAUUUUGCAACCUGAAGACAUUUAUUGCUUGCUUGCUCUAUCAAGUGCAGUUAAUCAUGCGUUUGCAGUCUGUUCUAAGGCAUUUAUUAAAUUGGAGUCUCUAGAGAAUAUUUCAGAAGCAGUCAAAGAAGAAUACGAGGAUUUGGCUGUGGACAUCUUUACCAAACAUAGUCCCCAAGAUGUCCGUAAUUCUAAAGCAGAAUGCGUCAAUUGUGAGAGUCUAAUACCCGACUGGUGCGUCGCUUGCCCCAAUUGUAUGACAAGGUUUCCGCCUUGUAUCAUCUCUGGGAAAUCGCUGAUGGACUUGAGCAACGCGUGGAUCUGCACAGUUUGCAGACAUUACGUCGCUACAGACAGAGAUGUAGUUAAUAUUAACGCUUGUCCCUUGUGCCACAGUACGGUUACAUACAUGUAGUUGAUGCAUGUGAGUAUGCAUUGAGCAUGUAUUAUCAAACAGAUAUUUAAAGCUUGUACUUUAACAUG